ACUACACCUCACAGAAAGCUAACUGGAUCAUUGGCUUGCCUCAUCUAGAGCUUCUAAGUUCCAGCCAAUCACAGUGGUCCCAGGAAAUGUAAAUGUUGGUCUAAAUUCAGAAUCAUUCACUUCAGUGAGUCCAGCGUUGGUUCAGCAUCAAACUAUGACAAUGUUUUUAGCAAUGAUGAUUCUGAGUACUGCAUUGCUGAUUCAAACCCAAGAGGAUCCUGAAUCACUCUAUUUGAAAGAAGCUAAACUUGGAGAUACUGUCACUCUGGAUUGUACACUUUUGAAAGACCGGAAUAUUAAUGAAGGGAUGAUCUGGUUUAAGCAAUCUCUGGGAUAUAAUCCCCAAAUGGUAGCUAACAGAAGUUAUGGAUCAAAUAAGAUUAAACCGUCCUUUACGUCGAGGGUCACAGUGGGAGAAGGAAGUAACUUCAAUUUGACAAUCAGCAACGUUCAAAAAGAGGAUGAAGCAAAUUAUUUCUGUAAUCAAAAAAGACAACGUGAAAACAUUUGGAUUAUUGGCGUUUUCCUGACUGUCAAAGAUCCCAAUGCCCAGAGGUUUGUCUCCCAGACUGUGGUCCAACAGCCUGUGUCUGCAUCAGCUCAGCUGGGAGACCCUGUGGCUCUCCAGUGCUCUAUUACCUCCCAGAGGACGGACCACAGUAACCAGUGCCAAGGGGAACCCAGUGUGUACUGGUUCAGAUCAGGACCAUCUCACCCUGCUGCCAUUUACAUGAAUGGAAACAGGAGUGGUGAAUGUCAGAAUAGUUCUGGGCCUCCGUCUGCUCCACAGAGAUGUGUCUACACUCUCCCCAAGAACAAUGUAGACUCCUCUGAUGCUGGGACUUACUACUGUGCCCUGUCAGCAUGCGGGGAAGUUGUGUUUGGAAAUGGAACCAAGCUGGACAUACCAGAACCCUACAUUAAUCUGGUCACCGUGGUGCUUGGAAUACUGUUCGCUUGCUGUCUGGGUGGGAAUAUAAUCCAGUUCAUAACAAGAAAUAAAAAGCAAGAUUCUGAGCAUUGCAAAGGAAAUCCCAGAGCCUCCUACCAUGUUUCAGAUGCCUCAGUGAUUCAAGAACAACAGGACGGGGAAGCUGAUUCCUUGAACUACGCAGCUUUGGAGUUUUCUGGCAGGAAAACCAAAGGAAGGAAGAAGAACAGUGAAAGAACUCAGGAGAGUUUGUAUUCUGCUGUGAGAGAAACCGGCCACUGAAGUCCAUCAACCAGGUCCUAAUAUAGUUUGAAUAGAAUUCCUUAAUAUUGUAAUCCGGUUCAGGUGCAGUAAAUUGCUCAAGGUUUAAAAAUUGAAAGCUUAAGAUAAGAUAAUAAGCUCAAAUAGAACUUUACAACCCUGGAAGGUGGUUCAUUUCAAACUAUUUGUUUUUAAUGCGGACGAACCCACAUACAUUUCUAUUUCAGAGUUUGUAGAAACUUACAGGCAUUGCUGUUUACAAAUAGAGCUAAGCAGCAUUGCAUUGUGUUAAAUGUUCAGAAAAAUAACUAAAUAACUAACAAAUUUGAUCAAAUCAAAUUAUUUUGAGUAAAGGAUAACACGAUGUAAAAACUGUAAUGUAAACUGAUAUUAGUUGGAAUGGACAAAGAAAUUGUGGUAUUGAUGUUAGGAGCUCCAUGCUCUAAACAAAUCAGUUAGACGGACUGCUUGGUGGGAAAAGUACUGGGAAAAAUAUUAUUAUUAUUAUUAUUAAAUAAAAUAUUAUUUUCGAUAUAAUGUUGCGCACAUUUCUUCUGCUAGAGCCUAUUAAAAGAGUACUUUGACAAAUGCCUUUUUAAAAGCAGAAAGCAUUUCACUUAAAGCCUACUUAUUACAAUCAUCCUUUGUUCAACACCCAACUUUAAGGUUCAGUGCAUGACAGGAAACAAUACGUCUUUGAAUGUUUCUGAAGAACAAGAGCAACGCAUCCUGUUAUAGCCAUCAGUAAGGUCUAUUUAUGCUUGCAAGUUUUUGUGUUGCCUUGUGACAACGACAUGGCCAGCCACAGCCCCCAUCUCAUACCUCGACCACAAGCGUGUAUGUGUGUCUAUGUGUGUGGGUGCUUUUUUCCCAGAACAGUGUAAAUGUACCUAUACUUUAAAUAGAAAGGCAUGAUUGUGAGUCAUAAGUUGAGUGACUGGUGGUAAAAGAUCUUGCCCAUUCUGCCAUUCUGCUCUGAUGGAGUAGGAACGGUCACCUCUGGAUAUGAGCUGAGACUUUGUUACAUCAAGGAGGGUCCUGCCUGAGGAGAAAGGCCGCACACUGACUCGUUGGUCCAAAUCUGUCACUUGAGUCCAGAGCUCAAUCAGCAGUAAAAACAUGAUGAUCUUGGCCAUUUAUUUUGCAAUGACAAUUUUGAUUGCAUCAUUGCCGGUUGAGACCGAAGACAUUCCUCUUUCGGUUUCUGAAAUAAAAGCAGAACAUGGCGAUAAGGUUACUUUAAAUUUUAGAGUAAUGAAAAAAGACGAUAAGUUUGACUGGUACAAACAAUCUCAUGGAUAUGUUCCCCAAACAGUCGCUCGAAGAGUGUUGGGAAUUUUUUUUUUUUUUCCUCCCUUUAAUUUAACAUUCACAAUGGAAGAAGGGGUUUCUGAUUUCAAUCUGAUCAUUCAAAGUGUAACUAAAGGCGAUGAAGCAAACUAUUUCUGUCGACAACAAUUUUCUGACAGUUGGACUAAUGGCAUAUUUCUGUCUGUCAAAGAUAAAAAUGUCAUGAAGGUAGAUGAAAAGCAAGAUGAAACAGAUCAAAACGUAACGAAGGUUAAUGACAAGCAAGAUG